AUGACGACUGCCGCAAAUUCCUCCGAUUCUACUUCUCAACCUCCUGCAAACCCUAAUUUUCCAGCGAAUCUCCCUCGCAAUGACAUCUCCAACUCCUUGAUCAUGUCGAUUGGAUCGAUUUCCAUUGCAAAUGUUGCUGGAAUGGUUCCGACGAAGCUCAAUCGUCAGAAUUAUAUAACUUGGCACAGUCUCUUCAUCCCUGUCCUUAAGCAUUUCAAGCUUCUUGGCCUUGUCAAUGGCGAGGAUUUGUGUCCUCCUAAAUUUGUCCGAAACUCAUCCAGUGAUUGUAUUCUGACCAUUUGGAUCAACUCUACUCUUUCUGAAGACCUUCUUCCUUUGACCAUUGACAUAGAAGACUCUUACUCUCUUUGGCAAUCUCUUGAGCGGCGCUUCUCUGGUGCUUCUCGCACACAUGUGCACAGUCUUCGUUCGAAGAUCCAAACAAUUCAGAAAGGUGAUUCUUCCAUGACCGACUUUCUGAAUUCCAUUAAAGAUAUCUCUGACAAACUUGCAGCUGCUGGAGAACCACUUACUGAAUCUGAUCUCGUGGUGUAUAUUUUAUCUGGAUUACUGGAUGAAUACGAAUGGUUUGUUGACUAUAUUGAAACUCGAAAUGAAGUUGUGAUUGCUGAUGAACUUCAUGGCCUCUUAUUGAGCAAAGAAAUCUCUAUUAAAAAAUGUAAAACCAGAGCUUCUUCCUCAUCUACUGCACCAUUUCAGGCCUAUGCUGCUCAAUCAGUCAAUUCUAGAGGUAUCUCGAAUAGAGGCAACUAG